GGUACUCGGGGCCGCAGGUAACUCGCCGCAGUAGGCUGGGACCGGCAGCCGCACCGCCCAGCCCCAAAGGGCACCGCGGGCGGGUCUCUGCAGCUCCCACUGCACAGCCCCGCCGCAGGUGCCGCCCCCAACACACUGGAUCCCGCCCAAGCUCCUCUGUUUGCCGUCGGUCGGUGCGUGCGUGCGCCUCGUCGGUCCGCGUGUGUGUGGCCGAGCGCCCCCUUCCUCUGCGGCCAUGACUCCACCGCCGCCUCCGCCCCCACCCCCGGGCCCAGAUCCCGCAGUAGACUCCGCCACAGACCCCAGCCCGGGGCCGGAGUCGCUGGUCGUUUUGUUCGGGGCCACUGCGGGUGCGCUGGGGCCGGACCUAGGCUCGGACGAGACCGACUUAAUCCUCCUAGUUUGGCAAGUGGUGGAGCCGCGCAGCCGACAGGUGGGGACGCUGCACAAGUCGCUGGUGCGCGGUGAGGCGGCUGCACUGAGCCCGCAGUGCCGCGAGGCGAGCGGCCUGAGCGCAGACAGCCUAGCGCGGGCGGAGUCGCUGGACAAGGUGCUGCAGCAGUUCUCACAGCUGGUGAGCAGGGAUGUGGCUCUGCUGGGCGGAGGCCCCUAUGUGCUCUGCACUGAUGGGCAGCAGCUGUUGCGACAGGUUCUGCACCCUGAGGCCUCCAGAAAGAACCUGGUGCUCCCGGACACCUUCUUCUCCUUCUACGACCUCCGAAGAGAGUUCCAUAUGCAGCACCCAAGCGCCUGCCCCACCAGGGACCUCACAGUGGGCACCAUGGCACAGGACUUGGGACUAGAAACAGAUGCAACAGAAGAUGACUUUGGGGUCUGGGAAGUUAAGACUAUGGUAGCUGUUAUUCUCCACCUACUCGAAGGGCCCAAUGGUCAGUUGUUCUCGAAGCCAGAGGUGGUAAAGCAGAAAUAUGAAACGGGGCCUUGCAGCAAGGCUGAUGUGGUGGACAAUGAGACUGUAGUACGGGCCCGUGGGUUGCCCUGGCAGUCAUCAGACCAGGAUGUGGCUCGAUUCUUCAAAGGGCUCAACAUUGCCAGGGGUGGUGUAGCACUCUGUCUCAACGCCCAGGGCCGCAGAAAUGGCGAGGCCCUCAUCCGAUUCGUGGACAGCGAGCAGCGGGACCUAGCACUGCAGAGACAUAAGCACCACAUGGGUGUCCGCUACAUCGAGGUAUAUAAAGCCACAGGGGAGGAAUUUGUAAAGAUCGCAGGGGGCACAUCACUAGAGGUGGCCCGUUUCCUGUCACGGGAAGAUCAAGUGAUCCUGAGGCUGCGGGGACUCCCUUUUUCAGCUGGGCCAACAGAUGUUCUAGGCUUCCUGGGGCCAGAAUGCCCAGUGAGUGGGGGUGCUGAUGGGCUGCUCUUUGUGCGCCACCCUGAUGGCAGGCCAACUGGAGAUGCCUUUGCUCUCUUUGCCUGUGAGGAACAGGCACAGGCUGCUCUGCGCAGGCACAAAGGCAUGCUGGGUAAGCGAUACAUUGAACUCUUCAGGAGCACUGCAGCUGAGGUGCAGCAGGUCCUAAACCGCUAUGCAACCAGCCCACUCCUUCCCACACUGACUGCUCCGCUGCUGCCCAUGCCCUUUCCACUGGCAGGAGGGACCGGGAGGGACUGUGUACGCCUUCGAGGCCUGCCCUACACAGCCACCAUUGAAGACAUUCUGAGUUUUCUAGGAGAAGCAGCAGCUGACAUUCGGCCUCAUGGUGUGCAUAUGGUGCUCAACCAGCAGGGCCGGCCAUCUGGUGAUGCCUUCAUCCAGAUGUUGUCAUCGGAGCGUGCUCUGGCUGCUGCCCAGCGUUGCCACAAGAAGGUGAUGAAAGAACGCUACGUGGAAGUAGUCCCUUGUUCCACAGAGGAGAUGAGCCGUGUGCUGAUGGGGGGUUCCUUGAGCCGCAGUGGCAUGUCCCCCCCACCCUGCAAACUGCCCUGCCUCUCGCCACCUACCUAUGCCACCUUCCAAGCCACCCCAGCCCUCAUUCCCACAGAGACAACAGCGCUGUACCCUUCAUCUGCACUGCUUCCAGCCGCCAGGGUACCUGCCGCCCCUGCUCCUCUUGCCUACUACCCAGGGCCAGCCACUCAACUGUACAUGAACUACACAGCCUACUACCCCAGCCCCCCAGUCUCUCCCACUACUGUGGGCUACCUCACCACACCUCCUACUGCCUUGGCCUCGGCUCCCGCUUCAAUGUUGUCACAGCCAGGAGCCCUGGUCCGAAUGCAAGGGGUCCCAUAUACGGCUGGUAUGAAGGAUCUCCUCAGUGUCUUCCAAGCCUACCAGCUGGCCCCUGAUGACUACACCACUGUGAUGUCUGUUGGUGACCCACCUCGCACUGUGUUACAAGCUCCCAAGGAGUGGGUGUGUCUGUAGAAGAGGAAACCAGGAAGCAGACUGAGCUGAUGCCUAACAUGCCUUUCCUGAGGGCAGAGUACCCUCAAUCCAGUGGCUUCUUUCUGGCUUGUACAAGCUCUCAAAGGCACCUGGAAAAGACCAAGCUCAACACCAUUCUCCUUCCUUCCAUAUACCCUUGUUCCUCUGCCUGCUUACCCUAAAGAUGAUGGCUACCUUACAGGCAGGGCUGGGGUGAUGAGGCUGCUCUCUAUUCCUGGUGGUGUGACACCUAGGAAGCCUUUGAUCCGUCCUUGGCUCUCCAACACUAGAGUUGAAGGGU